CAAGUAUUCUUGUAUUGUUCCUCCUCCUUUGUCUAAACAUAGCACAGGUGGGUCGUCAAGCCAAUUGUGCCAAUAUAUAACUGGAAACCAACGAUGUCUAAGUGUCCCUCAGGCUUUUGAGACCAAGAACAGAGUAAAGAGAAGCUCUUCACAAUGGCACCAAAGAAGGCCAAGAAGAAGGAAGCUGCCAGCUCCAACGUAUUUAGCAUGUUUGAACAGUCACAGAUCCAGGAGUUCAAAGAGGCUUUCACCAUCAUGGAUCAGAACAGAGAUGGCUUUAUUGACAAAAACGACCUGAGGGACACAUUUGCUGCUUUGGGACGUCUCAAUGUUGGCAAUGAUGAGCUUGAUGAGAUGCUAAAGGAAGCCUCCGGCCCUAUUAACUUCACCGUCUUCCUCACCAUGUUUGGAGAGAAGCUCAAAGGUACAGACCCUGAGGAGACUAUUCUCAAUGCCUUUAAGAUCUUCGACCCAGAGGGCACAGGAAUCCUUAAAGGAGAAGAGAUCAAAUAUCACCUUAUGUCCCAGGCAGACAAAUUUACAGAGGCUGAGGUAAACCAGAUGUUCACAAACUUUCCCUUGGAUGUGGCUGGCAACCUGGAUUACAAAAACCUGUGCUACGUCAUCACCCACGGAGAGGAUAAGGAACAGGAGUAAAAACUACAUUUUCCAUGUUUCUUCAUGUUUGUUCACGUCCAUUUGUUUGUUGUCCUCUCCUUAGAAUCUGUACCCGCCUUUUGUCAAUAAAGAGAUAAAAAAAACAAAAAAA